GGCGACGCGGACGAAGUUGGUGGCGAAGCGGUCGAGCAAGUACCUGGAGGAUGCGCUGUACAAGAGGCUCUUCCGGGAGGGGAGCUCGCCGGAGAGCGUCCGGCGGGAGCUCGACGACUUCCUCAAGAGCCGCAAACGCGUCUUCAAAUGGGAGGUCGGCGUCACCAUCCGCAAGCUCCGCGACCGCAAGCGCUUCCGCCCCGCCCUCAAGUUUCAUACUGUUACACAGCUUGCUUUCAAUGGAAAGCAUGUUUUGCCUUGGAACUCCAGGCCACAGUGCAGUUACCUUCUGCAUUGAAUAUGAAGGGUCUUGUCCAGCUUUUAAGUGAUGCUACACAAAGCUUCCUUUUGAUGAAAGCACACCAUUGCUUCUGAACUUCAUGGCACCAUGAACUAACCCUCUACUUUUGAAAGAAAAAUUGAGGCCUUUGUCUUAUUUAAGAUUUGAGUUGAUCAGUUUUUGCUGAUAGCUAUAGACCAAGGUUGCAAGUGCUGGACCAUGCUCGCUGGCACAUACUGUGUCAGACUAAUACUGCAGCUGCUUUCAGAAACCAUGGCCAGAAGAGGGAUGAACUUAACUGUCAGCGAUCAAGCUAUACGUCUGGAUCUUGUAGCCAAAGCCAGAGGUGUUGCUUCUGCCGAAGAAUACUUCAUCAAUCUCCCAGAGCCUGCUAAACAUCACCUUACAUAUGGUGCGCUCCUCAACUGCUACUGCAAGGAGUUAAUGCCUGACAAGGCUGAGGCCCUCAUGGAAAAAAUGAAGGAGCUGAAAUUUGCCUCGAGUCCUAUGGCCUAUAACAGCUUGAUGACCCUCUACACUAAAACCAACCAACCAGAAAAGGUUCCAAGUAUUAUACAAGAGAUGAAGACUAAUGAUGUUUUGCCGGAUUGUUAUACUUACAAUGUCUGGAUGAGGGCUCUAGCUGCCAUCAACGACAUCUCCAGUGUUGAAAGAGUCAUAGAAGAGAUGAAAAGAGAUGGACGAGUUACUGCUGAUUGGACUACUUAUAGUAAUCUGGCAUCGAUUUUUGUAGAUGCUGGCAUGUUUCAGAAGGCAGAAGAAGCUCUCAAAGAACUAGAGAAAAGAAACAUGGAUAAUGAUCUCAGAGCUUAUCAGUUCUUGAUCACAUUGUAUGGCCGAACUGGAAAUCUAGUUGAAGUGCACCGCAUCUGGCGCUUUCUGAAGUUGGCACAUCCUAAGAUGGCAAACAUAAGCUAUCUGAAUAUGAUUCAGGUGCUGGUGAAUUUGAAGGACUUGCCAGGAGCUGAAGCAUGUUUUAAGGAUUGGGAAUCCAAGUGCUCAACAUAUGAUAUCCGGGUGGCGAAUGCGAUGAUUAGAGCUUAUGCUAAAGAAGGCAUGUUAGAUAAGGCUGAAGCUGUUAAGAAGCGCGCAAAGAUGCGAGGGGCGAGACUUAAUGCCAAAACAUGGGAGAUCUUCAUGGAAUAUUAUCUGAAUAAAGGUGAUAUGAAAAUGGCACACUGGUGUGCUGACCGUGCGAUUAAGAAGGGGAGAAGCCAUGGUAGGAUUUGGGUCCCUCCUCGUGAAGUGAUCCGAGCUAUAAUGGCAUACUUUGAGGAGAACAAGGAUGUUGCAGGUGCUGAAAAUUUCAUUGAGCUUCUACAGAAAGUGGUGAACGAUCUGGAAGCAGAAGUAUUUGAGGCCCUCGUAAGGACAUAUGCUGCUGCUGGGAAGAACAGCCCAGGAAUGAGGCGGCGUUUGAAGAUGGAGAAUGCGGUUGUGAGCGAAGCCACCGAAAAAUUGCUUGACAUUGUGUGUGUUGAAUGAUUAUUUCCUAAUAUAAAGUUGAUGAUGCUACAUUUUUCCAACUUAGCAACUAAUUAUUUUGAGGUAUACUCAUUUCGACGUAAAAUAAGGUUUUCAUAUCA